AUGUGUUAUGGGCGGUGUGCUAAAUAUAUUGGGUACAUAUUACUUGUUCUUGCUGUACUCUGCAUUGUGACAAAUGUUUUGCUUUAUUUCCCCAAUGGUGAAAGAAGUCAUGUCCAUCUCAACACAUAUGUGGGAUGUCUUCAUGGCAUAAUAGGAGGAGGUAUUUUGGUGAUGAUCCCAGCAUGUGUGUUUAUUGGAUUAGAACAUCAACAUUUCCAUGACUGCUGCCCCCGUGAGAACCAUAGGAGAAAUUGUGCUCUCCUGGCAUCAGUCUGUUUAGCCUGCAUUGGCCUUCUUGGUGCGGGAUACUGUUUCAUCAUUUCAGCUCUGGGCAUAGCCAAUGAACCUCAUUGUUUUCCCGUAGAUGACAAAACUGGCUGCCAUCAUUCUCUUGAUUCUGCUAGAGGGUACCACAAUGAUCACCCUGAAUUGUGUCCGUGUCCAGAGUACACGAACAAUGCUGCUACAUGGAAUAUCUGCCUGUUCUGCAUCUCACUGAUCUUGAGUGGGAUCGAAGCAAUUCUCUGUGCCAUUCAUAUAAUAAAUGGCUGUAUAGGAGGAGCAUGGGCUGUGUGUCAUAGCGACACAGAGGUGAUUGCUCUUGAUAAUCCACUGAAGUUAGAUUUUAUAUAUGCCAAUUCUCCAGACAAGGUUUCAGAAAGGGAAUAUUGCACAAUCUUGAUGGAUUCACAACAGUAA